UGAAAUUUUUCCAAAAAUGGCUAAAACAACUUUUUGUGUCGAAAUAUAGUACAUGUACUCUCAGACUGUACAUAAGUGAUGAAAAUGAUAAUUCCUCACAUUUUGAAUGGGCUUAUAAACAUUUACCUUUUGAAUUGGCUUUUAAACAUUUACCCUUUUAUGCCAAGUUUUACAUGAAAUCUAUUACAUUUCAGGUAUCAAGGCUUUCUACACCAGAAAGUUUAUUCUGUGAUUGUAGGCUAAAAAUGACAAUAUUUACUGGCAGUUUCAUUGCCUUUCCCAACAAGAUAGACCCCUUCAAUGAUGCCAAGUUGUUCUUGACCUUCUUUGAUAACCCAGUGACUGUGUCUAUGAUGAUUGUUGUUUGGGCGCUGUUUGUCAUACUUGCAGUGUAUGCCAGGAAAAGGGACAGGAAAGAUCUUUUACAU